AUGAAGCUGCUGCGGCGCGCGUGGCGGCACCGGACAGCGCUGGGCCUGGGUGGCCUGGCGCUCUGCGGCGCCGGGCUGCUCUACUUGGCCCGCUGCGCCGCCGACGGCCCCCGCCCGCCGCCCGGCCGCAGCCUCCCGUCCGCCGGGCCCGCGCGCGCCACCGCCUUCCUGGCGGUGCUGGUGGCCAGCGCGCCCCGGGCGGCGGAGCGGCGCAGCGUGGUCCGCGGCACGUGGCUGGCGGCGGGGCGGCGCGGCGGCCCGGGCGACGUGUGGGCGCGCUUCGCGGUGGGCACGGGCGGCCUGGGCGCCGAGGAGCGCCGGGCCCUGGAGCGCGAGCAGGCACGGCACGGGGACCUGCUGCUGCUGCCGGCGCUGCGCGACGCCUACGAGAACCUCACGGCCAAGGUGCUGGCCAUGCUGGCCUGGCUGGACGAGCACGUGGCCUUCGAGUUCGUUCUCAAGGCCGACGACGAUUCGUUCGCGCGGCUGGACGCGCUGCUGGCCGAGCUGCGAGCCCGCGAGCCCGCGCGUCGCCGCCGCCUCUACUGGGGCUUCUUCUCGGGCCGCGGCCGCGUGAAGCCCGGAGGCCGCUGGCGUGAAGCCGCCUGGCAGCUCUGUGACUACUACCUGCCCUACGCGCUGGGCGGCGGCUACGUGCUCUCGGCCGACCUGGUGCACUACCUGCGCCUCAGCCGGGAGUACCUGCGCGCCUGGCACAGCGAGGACGUGUCCCUGGGCGCCUGGCUGGCGCCUGUGGACGUCCAGCGCGAGCACGACCCGCGCUUCGACACUGAGUACAAGUCCCGCGGCUGCAGCAACCAGUACCUGGUGACGCACAAGCAGAGCCUGGAGGACAUGCUGGAGAAGCACCAGAUGCUGACACGCGAGGGCCGCCUGUGCAAGCAGGAGGUGCAGCUGCGCCUCUCAUAUGUGUACGACUGGUCCGCGCCUCCGUCGCAGUGCUGCCAGAGGAAGGAGGGCAUCCCCUGAGCCGCCCAGCACCCGGCGCUGGAGGGAGGCCAGGACAGAUGCCUCAGGCGGGGUUCUGGGCGGCAGCUGCCGAGGGGGCCUCCCACCGGCCCUACAGGUUCCCGAUGGUCACCCAGGAUGAGUCCAGCCCUUCGGGGGACGGGGUGUAUUUGGCGACCGGUGGGGUUUUCAGGCAGAUGCUGAGUGGCAGUGGACAGCGUGUAGGGCCCAGCUCCAGUGGGUGCCUGGGGCUGUGCAUCCCAGUGGUCACUAUAGGGCUUGCCAGGGCAGCACAUAAUAUCUAGGGAGAGAUGUCUUGUUCCUGGAGUUCAGCCAGCAUGGGCCUACACUGGGAAGAUGCCCACCUCUGAGUGUGAGGGCAGGCAGAGGUGGCUGCAGCCCCUCCCGGGUCUGGGCGUGUGCUGCCUUCUCCCAGGGUAGAGGAAGGCAGCCAGAGGCUGGAGCCUCCAGGCACUUGCAGAGGCUGACCCCAAAGAAAGAAUCCAGACUUGUUUGGGGGUGGGCACUAGGUCACAGCCUGCAUCCUGCAUUGACCGUCCAUCUAGGAGGUCGCCACAUUGGAGCUGUGGCUGCAGGGAACUGAUCUUCCGGCCCUUGCAUGCUGCGACUUGACUGUGUUGUGUUCCAGUGGCUUUUAUCAAAAUCACCGUAGAUUUAUUGGGUUAGGUUACCUUCUUUUAUGUUCCACGUUGGUGUCAUUUGUCGCGUGGUAAUCCAAGAGUUAACCGUGUGUGAUGUUAAUUAGCUUCAAUGGUAUUUUGGUCUGUGUUGCUUUAGGGUGAAUUCGUGAUAAAUGUAAUUCAGUGCUAGCCUGUGAUUUAUAAAUACUGUAAAUUUGUGUAGAUAAGAGAUUAAGUUAGGAAUGUGGACCUCAGUAUUUUUUAAAUUAUUUAAGGGAAGACUUUUCUAUCAGAACUUGGACUUUGUGGAUUAAUCUGUUUUUACAGCUUGAGUCGUAGACCUGUUGCUGCCUGUGUGUUUAAAUGUGGAAGAAUUCUAAAACUGUCCAUUUCUCUUCCCAGUUUACACAAAAGUCAGUCCUAUUGUCUCUUUCUGAAAAGACUUUCCUUUUAAGGCUUCCUCACGGCCAUGCAGGGGCAAGUAUUUCUCACACACGCAUCUGUUAUUGUAGACUCUGGGCUCAAGUUCCAGGAAUCUGAACCCUUGGAAGCAUCGGUGAGGUUUCCCACGUUCUGUCUUAAGAAAACAGGCUCUGCCAACUGGCGCAUCCCUUUGGAGACAGCACUCUCCCUGCCGAUCUUCUCUCAUACCCUAACAGAUCCCAGAAGAUCAGUUUCUUUUUUCCCCAUUAAAUGUGAAAAGUGAGUGUUGUGGUCAUCACAAAAGUAAAAUAAACAGACUCCAGCACAGCCGUGAGCCCUUUUCUCAGUCCUGCAGUGUUCGAUGCUAACGCACGUUCUUAUUCUGGAACCUGGCUUGGGUUUGCUGUCCAGGUCACCCGGCCAUGCCACCAGCAUCUGCAGUCCUUCGGGGCAGUGCAGUCUGGGGGUGCAAAUCUCUGACUUGCCUUUUUUCACUGCCAUUCUUUUGUGUUCUUAGGCCAUGGAUUUUUUUAUUUUUAUUUUUUAAAAGAUUUACUUAUUUAUUUAUGACAGACAUAGAGAAAGAGACAGAGACACAGGCAGAGGGAGAAGCAGGCUCCAUGCCGGGAUCCCGACUCAGGACUCGAUCCCAGGACUCCAGGACCAUGCCCUGGGCGAAAGGCAGGCGCUAAACCGCCGAGCCGCCCAGGGAUCCCCUAGGCCAUGGAUUUUAAAAGCAGAUGUCUUGUUCUGCUUGCACCACCAUGACAAAACCCCACAGACAAGGCUCACAGUUCCUCACAGUUCUGGAGACUAGCAGUCAGAUCAGAGUGCUAGCUAGCAAGGUGCAGUUCUGGGGAGGGUCCUCUUCCUGCUGUGCAGGUAGCCACUUUCUCGCCAUGUCCUUAGGAUGAGAGAGAGCCAGAGCAAGCUUUCUGGUGUCUUAACAAGGACACUAAUACCAGCAGAGGGCCCACCAUCAUGACCUCAGCCAACACCAGCUCCAGUCACUAUUACAUUGGGGGUUAAAGCUUUAGUCUAAAUUUUGGGGGACACAGUCCAAGCAGAAGGUUUGGGUUAUUUUUGUUUAAAGGUAGAAGAAUAUCCAGAAUUUGAAGUCUUGAGCUAGAAGGAAGGGGGGAUGGUCUUGUGGUCGCAAUUCUCCUGCUAUUAGAAGGUAGAGCUGGGCCAGAGAGGUCCCAUGACCCAUGGGACCCCAUCAUGUCCUGUGAUGGGACAAAAUUCUAAUUAUAAGGUGACUGUGAGCCUUCUGAUUGGCUGCCUCGAGGCAGGUCUGACUGCCCCAUAAACACAUUGUUUACAAGGCAAGGAUUCAUGAGAGGGUCCAGGUUUGGAGACACUGGUGAGCAGAAGGGGACCCUGCCAACUGAACAACAGGUUCUCAAGGAAUGCUGAGAACAGUGGGACACCUGGACGUCUGUCUGAACCUUUGGAUGGUUGAAGGGGAUGGCAUGUGUACAUCUCCAUCUUUCAAACAAGGAGACUGCUGGCAUAGACCAGACAGCUUCUGGAGCCUGGGUUCCAAUGACAGAGCCAGUUCUGAGCCGAAGACUGGACCUCGAGACCCCUGCCCAGCAUCUGCGGUCCUGCUGUAGCUUCUGGGUUUCUCCAGAGUGGACCCCAUAGAAAGUAUGGCACCAAUGUCCAAGACCUCCUCAUAAAAAAUCUAGGCAUGUCUCUUUGGAGGAGGGGGUCCUGGAGCUUUAGCACUCAGUUGAAUCACAUGGAAAUGCUAAUGUGCAUUCCCAUUCACAAAAAUGGGAACUUUGUAUUGUUCAACCUAAGUCAUUAAAUUUCCAAACAGAACAGACCAGGCA